CCACCUCCCCCUGUGCUUCGGAACCGGAGGAGUCCGAGGAAGGGAGGAAAAAAUGGAAGCUUUGUGGAAGGAGCAGGGCUUCCUCAGCUGCUGUGGUAGCAAAAGAUUCGCGAGAGAGAUGGCCGCCGCGUCCCCCUUCUCUGAUCUCGAUCACGCCCUCCAAUCCGCCAGAGAAAUUUGGUUCAACAAGAUUGAUGUGAAUGGAUGGCUCGAGGCGUUCACCGCUCAUCCGGCGAUCGGCGCCGCAUCCCCCUCCAUCUCCCAGUGGACCAAGGAAGAGCAGUCCACUGCGCUGGCUACUGCUACCGAUUCCACUAUGGAGGAGUUGGUCUUGUGGAAUGCUCGAUACAGGGAGAAGUUCGGGUUUGUGUUUCUGAUAUGUGCGUCUGGGAGGGCCGCACCAGAAAUCUUAGCUGAGUUGAAGAAACGUUACCUGAAUAGGCCCAUCAUUGAAUUUGAGCUAGCAGCAAAGGAGGAGAUGAAAAUAAUUGAAUUGCGCCUUGCAAAGCUUUUCGAGACCCAGGCCGGAAUGACCCCAUCUGUGACUGCACAGCUUCCUGUCAGUCAAUCAAAUAAACCUGGAGAGAUCAAGUUAUAUGUGGCAAACCAACAAAGGGAGAGACAUGUAUUGAUUCCUAAAAUCAAAGCCCACUGGAAGCCUGAGUUCCACAAGUUAUUUGUUACUUUGUGCCUAGACCAGGUUGUAGCUGGAAAUAAACCUGGGACACAUCUAAAUAAGAAGGGUUGGAAGUAUAUUAUGGAUGAGUUCUACGAGAGAACUGGCAUAAGGUAUGACAAAAAGCAAUUUAAGAACCAUUGGGAUAGCAUGAAAGACCAGUGGAAAAUUUGGAGCAAGUUAAGAAGAAAUAUUCCUGAAGGUGGAUGGGACCCAAAUACUCAAACAAUUAACAUGAGUGAUGAAUGGUGGUCUAAUUACUUACAGAUGCACCCGGAGGCCGCUCAAUUUCGUUACAAGGGGCUCCCGUUAGCUGACUUAUUGGACACAUUAUUUUCAGGAGGUGUUGUGGGUGGGGCCAUCACAUUGGAACACUCUCAAGGUAUCAUGUCAAAUGUUGAUGCAGAGGGUCCAUCUCAACCAACCUCGAGUCCAGAUAAUAACUAUGUUCUCCAUGAGGCCAUUCCUGAAAAUCAGGUGAGGAGUCAAGAAUCACCAACUUUGUCUCAGGGUGAGUUCGAAAAUGAACCAUUAUUGCAGCGUAGGAGGAUGAAUCAAGAUCCACCAAUCUCGCUUUGUCAACGAAAGAGAGAUUUAGGAUCCUUAAAAUUUGACAGACAACGUUAUCAUCCCUAUGAGGUGAUGGAGUCAAGGAGCACAGCAACAUCUGCCCUUAGGGAAGAAUACAGCAUCAGAGAGUGCAUACACUUGUUGAAUGAGAUGUCAGACAUACAGCAAGGAAGCGAGUUGUACAUGUUUGCCCUUGAUGUCUUCUUGAAGGAAGAAUACAGGGAGCUCUUUAUUGCAUUAGGUUUGCCUAAAAUGCGACGUGCAUGGUUAUCUCGACAACAGAAUCUUGCUAGUGACUGACUGUAGGUACUUUGUCUAGUCUUCUUUCACAAUAGCAUCCUUUUUAAAGCUGUCUGUGUUUUUUCUUUUUUCAGUGGUACUACACAUGAUAUUAGAUAUUCAUCAAAUCAUAUUAACUGCCUUGCUUUGUUUUAGCACUCUUUACAUAUUUGUUUAUUUGUAUGGCAUGUUUGGAAUGAAAUGCAUGACAUCCAUACCAUGAUUUGGCAGUUUCUUUAUGACAGUCCUACCCACUGCAGCUCUAUGCCAAAUUUCUUAUGUCGUAGGUAUGGAAGGCCUGCUAGAGUAUGAUAUGCAUGGAUCACUUGGGUGUCUUUUCCUAUUUUACAAACUGGCAGAAUUUUCUCAUGCUACACAUGUACUGCAACAAGCUAAGUGUGCAAGGUUUUCAGACAUAAAAUCAUAAUUCAUUCCUUUUAUCUUACACAAAUUGCAAUUGUAUAAGAUACAACUGAGGACAUAUAAUAUGUGUUUGACAACUAAAACUAGAUAGUUGAGAAGGAGAAUCCAACAUGGAUAACGAAUUCUUGGAUUAUCUGAGGGAGAUUCAAACAGUGCUUUUGUUUGGUGGCGUUAAAUCUUUAUUAAUAGGGUAAGCAACUGAAGCAUGUCUGGUCAACUGGUGCAAGGAAAAUUGUUUGAGAGGAAUCAUUACCUUUGUAAAUGGGUCUGUCAAGAGCGGACAUGUAAUGUAUACAAUUUAUAGAAGCAAGCAAAUAAUUGUUGUGGAUGAAAACAAUGUAAAAAGAAAUUUAGUUUGAAGUAAGACAAUUAUCUUUUUAAUUAUGAUAUUUGAAGUGCCAUGAGCAUGCAUCCUGUGAUACUAGAAUUAAACAUAUCUGUGAUUGACUUCCAGUAUUUGCAAGAAUCAAUUCAUGUGAUCCAUUUGAUGAUAAGGAUAAAAAUGAUUUAUGCUGAAGUUUUGUAAGAAUCACCGUAUGUGGCAUGGCAUCCUUUGGGUGUGUUAUCUACUUACCAAUGAGGAGCCAUUCUCAUGAGUUCAAUUGAGAAGAUUUUAUAGCGCCUAUAACCAUGAUGUGCAUCAUCACUUACUCCUUUAUGCCCCUUGGCUAACUGGCUUCUCUCCUGACUAGGACAAGGAAGGGAUCGCCUAUUGUUGUUAUGUCACAGUAUGGCAGUGACUAGGGUGAAGGGAAGAUAAAAGGAAUGGCGGAAAGGAGGAAGACAAGACUUGUGGCAUAUGGUUCAUGCCUGUAAUGAUGAUCGUCCCAUUUUCCUCGCAUUCUUUUUCUGCAUGUAUGCUUGGUAUCUUAGUGUCACGUUGUUUUUCCUAUUGCAUUUAAAGGUUUUCCAGCCAUUCUUUUCUGCGUUACAUGUGGUUUUACAUUUAUAUGUGGUUUAGGUGACUUUUAAUGCGUACAUACAAGAGAAGGCAUUGCUUCCAAACAGGCAGGUUUUGCCUUUAAUAUAUCAAAGCAUCAUUGCACUACAAGGAACAUUGUCUAAUAAUCUUUGAACUGGUUGAAAGUUAUAACUGAAAAUUCUAUUAAUCCUGAUCUGCAUUCCAUUCUGUCUGAUAAGAUGUGAUCGGUUAGGAUUUGUGGAAUCUCCUGAAAAGCUUUGUACUGACUUUUGAGGGUCGUGCUAGCAUUCUAGUUUGUUGUUAGAUUUGAGCAAAACUCAGAUUGGAGAAGAAUAUGGCCCUUGGGUUCCCUUUAUUGGAACGUUUCAGCAUUAUUCUGUAUUGCUAUCAUAAUUCUGGUUUAUGUUUUACAGUAUGCUAAUCCUCCUGAGGUAAAUUAUGACCUCUCCUUCUUUUGAUGUUCUGUUUGGCUUUUGAAUGUUUCUUGGUUCGAUCUUUUGUAGAGUCCACAUUUAGUCCUGGAAAAAUAAAAAUAUUCUAUUUUGUUGACAAGUUCCAAUUCCAUUGUUCCUCAAACUCAGACUGUUUUGUGUUAGUUAAGCUAAGCUCUGUUUAAAUGAGUUGGAUCAUUUUAAUCUCCUAGUUACUUGGAUAAUUGCACUGCAUGACCUUUUUUAAACAAGUCCGCAUUCGUAAAUAAUUUAUACAGGUUUAUUUGCUUCCUUUUGUUUGUGCUGAUGAUGUAUCAGCAAUACCAAGUCAUCCAAGCAUAACCCAUAUUCAAUCUGUUCUAUUUGGUUUGGACCAACAAACUAAUUUCUUCAGCAAGAAUUUAUAGCUCAGUUUAUUCAUUUACAUUGUUACUGACUGGUUCUAGUUCAUCCUGACAUCUCAUUUUUUGACCCAAAAAAGAUUGUAUUGGCAUAAUUGGAGCACAUCUUACAGCUGUUGCUAAGGCGGCUGCCAAUAAAUCCCCCGGAAAUUACAAGUAACAGUCAACACACCCACCCUCCAAUCACAACCCAUGUCUUGGAUGUUGCUCGUGGCACUCCUGCAUCAGGAAUGGAGGUACACCCAGAGAUGUGGAAGGACACCCAAUGGUGUCCAUCAUUCACUGGCUGAGAUUCUAGCAUGUGGAUGUUCCUAGGUUCUUCAGUCACAAAUACUGAUGGUCGUAGGGGUCCUUUGAUGGGCAUUGUUGAUUAUAUCACACCUGGGUUUUAUCGAAUCAGUUUCAAUAUUGGCAAGUAUGUACUCUCUGGUUUUGUUAAUUUAUGUUAGCAUAGUAUUUGAGGUCAGGGAGAACCAAAGUUCAGAGCAUUUUCAUGUUCCUUUUUUGUAUUCACCCUUCUUCACUACAUACAGGGGUAGCUAGAUAAGGAAUCAGUAUUGUAUCGCUUAUUGCAAUUCAAAUAAUCAGGCUGCAGAACUGUUGAUGCUUAA